AGAAGAUUUACCGACAUCUAAUUUCCUGAGGAUUUGUUUUUUUCUUCGCUAGAAACGGACACAGUAUUUAACACAUCCAUAUUGUUUAUAAAGAAGCUAUUUUAUUUAUUAUUUAGAUUCAGCUACUACUCAGUUCCAUUUUGCAAGGAGGUAAGGAGGGUUAUUUUGUUUCACUAUCAAAGCUUGCUGCUAGCCUAAUGUCGUGGGACCAGAUGGCGUUGGUUAGCGUUAGCUAGCCUUCCAUGUUUAGCUACAUUUUGUCUGCUAGUUAGCAAGUUGUUUAACUAACGUUAGUUAGCUAGUCUUUCUAAAGUUUUUUUCACCCCUAGCGAACAAUGACUCGGCAUGGGAAAAAUUGUACGGCAGGAGCCGUUUACACCUACCACGAGAAAAGGAAGGACACUGGUGAGUCUUUGCAACGUUGGUUAACGUUAGCUAGCUAUGUAUGCUAGCUAAGCGUCAUCUGCUCCCUCUUAUAGCGGCAUCGGGUUAUGGGACGCAAAGUGUGCGUUUGGGAAAGGAUGCCAUCAAGGACUUCGACUGCUGUUCCCUUUCUCUCCAGACCUGCAGGGACCCCGUUGUAACGUAAACUGCAAUCCCCCUUGUCUCACACAAACACACACACAUAAUUGUUGUUUAACUAGCUAAAACCAGUUUGUGUGUGUCGUAAAAAGCGGUGUUAAUGUUGUAUCUCCAGUCCAGAUGGGUACUUGUAUGAAAAACAGGCCAUUCUGGAGUACAUACUCCACCAGAAGACCGAGAUCGCCAAGAAAAUGAAGGUAACUGGCUUUCCUAUGGUCCUAUUUGGGGGACCGAGUGGCGCAGCGCCCGGGCUGUAUCACAACUGUUCUUAACUGGCUUGCCUAGUUAAAUAAAAAUAAAUACUACAGAAAACACCUAGGCUAGUAAUAGGGUGGCCAAUAAAAAAAGCAUAUUUUGACCAAUGGGUAUGUUAAUCAAUGGAGGCCAGAGAAAAAAGUGGUAAAAAAAUCAGGAAAAUUGCAUCGCUUCAGCAAGGCUGGAUUCUGUGCCAGAAUUAAGGCUACUGGCUACCUGACACUUUCCAGUUGAACUCGUCAUAUUUGUUAUCGAAUCCGCAGGAUAUAAAACUAUAUAAAGGUAUCGAUUUUGAGACAUGACGUAGUAUUUUAGUAUACACAUUUCAUAUUAAUUAGAAAUUCCUGUUCUUUUUUAAAGAUUUCUCACAAAAACAAGUAUCUCUGUGAAAUGUUAAUGGAGCACUGAGUGUAUACCAAGUUUAUUUUCAAAGCCUUUUACAUUUAAUUAGGCUUGUCAUGUUAAUUUAGCUUCUUGCGACCCGCGGUAAAAACUUUGAAGACGACCACUAAAGUCCUCAAAAGUUGUUUCAAGAAACCUGUACCGCUAUGUCAACAGAGCUCGGUGCUUAUUAUCGGAUGUAUUAGGUUUCAAAAUCCUACUUUUUUAUAUCAUGUUAAUUAUAUGUCAGAGAAAGACCACACUGAACGAUUCAGAACCUGAAUAAUCAUAUUUGUCUUGGCCUUAUGAAUUGUCUCUGUCUUCAUCUAACCCCUCUCUCUGUCCGUCUUAGGCGUACGAGAAGCAGAAGCAGACUCAGAAGAGUGACAGUCGUCUGGAGUCUAAAUCGGAGGAGAGGGGGAUAGCAGAGAGGUUCAAGACCAGGGAGAACAGCAUCGUGUCCAAACCCAUCAACCCCUUUACCUCUGGUAAGUGUGUGUGUCCACCAGCUUGGGAGGGACGUAGGACAGCGAACAGUAGAUUGAGUUAAACUAACCUAUCUCUUCAGGCCAGGCCAAAGAGUCAGACAGCCAGAGUGUUGCGGGUGCAUCAGCCAGUACAUCCAAAGCCGACUCCUCUGCUCCUGCCGCCGGCACCAGCUCCUCCCAGUCCCUGCCCAGCUUCUGGAUCCCCAGUCUCACCCCAGAGGCCAAACCCACCAUACUCAAGAAACCUGUGAGUGAAAGUUCUAAAGUGUUAGCUUAUCACACAUUUUCUCUCUUUCUCUCUCCCUGUUUCUCUUGUUCAACACUGCUGUCUGGUCACUUGUUUUCCUUUACUGAGGACCUGACCUUUGUGUCCUAGGGAAGCAAUUGUUGACUCUUCCACUGCCAAGAGCUUGUUGGGUUUCUUGUCCAAAUGUCGACGUCAUUGCGCUCCCUGUCUGUCCUCUCUUUCUCUCGCUCUCCAUAUCUCCAUUAGCUGUUAUCUCUCUGAGGUCAGCUUGUCCCCAGGUGUUUGAUCUAUCAGUCUUUCCUUCUCCCGCUCCACCAUACACCCAACACACAUUUUAGUUGUUUGCUACUUCAAUGGGUUUGUGCAAAGCAAAUUAUUGACCCAAUAAAGGGGAUUUCAAAUUCAAUCAUCUCGCUCUCUUCCCCUCUCCCUCAGAGUAAGACGGUGGUGUGUCCCAUGUCUGGCCGGCCUCUGAAGAUGAACGAGCUGAUCAACGUGCACUUCACUCCUCUGGACCCCAGUCUGGACCGGGUGGCCCUGCUCGCACGCCAGGUCAGUGCCUGACCACACCACAACCUCUGCACACUGUUACACAUUAUCUCUUACGCCAUAUCUCUCUCACUCUCUCUCAUUCCUUUAUACUCUUUCUUGCUCUUUUCUCACAUUUUGUGUUUGUUGGACAGGUGUGCAAAAUAGAGAUAAUAACGUGUACACUAUCAGUCCCGAGACCCCAGCAAAAAUCGGCUUUUCAUUUAUCUGACUUUCAUUUAUGUCCAGCCCUUAUAUUUAGCCUCACAAUGAAGUGUUUUACCAUUUAUUUUCAGGACAACCAGGGCUACAAGUAGAACACAAAACAAUUUUACAUAAAUAGUUGCAUUCAUGAGUUUUAUUGAUGAAUGUCUAAAAAAAAGGACAGCCAAAGUAAAAAUGUGCGAAAAGUGAAUUUACAAGUACAGAAAUGUUUUGCUCACUGGGAAAUAAAUGUCCAACUAGUCAGUGACUACUGUUUGGAGUUUGUGAUAGAAACUAUAUGAUUCCCUAUGAUCUAUGUAGAAGAACCACUUACCUUCUAACAACUGUUGUGUAGCUUGUGAGCGUCCUAGAGCAUGUUACAGGUUCGUGUGAGUCUCAGCUUUUCAUAAAUGGUGUGUAGCUCAAACCAUUCUGACUAUAGACAUUUUUGUAAAAAGACCCGGGCCUCAUCUGGAUCCGCCCUUCUCUCACAUACACCGCUCUAGCUCAGCCCCCGUUAAUCACGCAGACUAAUCGUUGGUACAGUGCCUGCCAAAAGUAUUCAUCCCCCUUGGCAUUUUUCCUAUUUUGUUGCAUUACAAACUGUAAUUUAAAAUUGAUUUUUAUUUGGAUUUCAUGUAAUGGACAUACACAAAAUAGUCCAAAUUGGUGAAGUGGAAUGAAAAAAAUACAGAUCAGGGUUGGGUUAUACUUUUUUUUAUCAGAAACUUUGAACAUCCCUAGGAGCACCAUUUUUAAAAAUCCAUUAUUAAAAAAUGGAAAGAAAAUGGCACCACAACAAACCUGCCAAGAGAGGGCCGCCCACCAAAACACACAGACCAGGCAAGGAGGGCAUUAAUCAGAGGCAACAAAGAGACCAAAGAUAACCCUGAAGGAGCUGCAAAGCUCCACAGCGGAGAUUGGAGUUUCUGUCCAUAGGACCACUUUAAGCCGUACACUCCACAGAGCUGGGCUUUACGGAAGAGUGGCCAGAAAAAAGCCAUUGCUUAAAGAAAAAAAAUAAGCAAACACGUUUGGUGUUUGACAAAAGGCAUGUGGGAGACUCCCCAAACAUAUGGAAGAAAGUACUCUGGUCAGAUGAGACUAAAAUUGAGCAUUUUGGCCAUCAAGAAAAACGCCAUGUCUCCGCAAACCCAACACCUCUCAUCACCCCGAGAACACCAUCCCGACAGUGAAGCCUGGUGGUGGCAGCAUCAUGCUGUGGGAAUGUUUUUCCAUCGGCAGGGACUGGGAAACUGGUCAGAAUUGAAGGAAUGAUGGAUGGUGCUAAAUACAGGGAAAUUCAUGAGGGAAACCUGUUUCAGUCUUCCAGAGAUUUGAGACUGGGACGGAGGUUCACCUUCCAGCAGGACAAUGACCCUAAGCAUACUGCUGAUGCAAUGCUCGAGUGGUUUAAGGUGAAACAUUUUAAAUGUCUUGGAAUGGCCUAGUCAAAGCCCAGACCUCAAUACAAUUGAUAAUCUGUGGUAUGACUUAAAGACCCAUCCAAUUGAAGGAGCUGGGCCAGUUUUGCCUUGAAGAAUGGGCAAAAAUCCCAGUGGCUAGAUGUGCCAAGCUUAUAGAGACAUACCCCAAGAGACUUGCAGCUGUAAUUACUGCAAAAGGUGGCUCUACAAAGUAUUGAGUUUGGGGGGGGUGAGUAGUUAUGCAUGCUCAAGUUCUGUUUUUUGUCUUGUUUCUUGUUUGUUUCACAAUGUUGUGUAAAUCAAAUGAUACAAACCCCCCCCAAAAAAUCCAUUUUAAUUCCAGGUUGUAAGGCAACAAAAUAGGAAAAAUGCCAAGGGGGUGAAUACUUUCGCAAGCCACUAUCUUCAGAUGCAGAAGAAAUGGACAAAUACAAUACCGAGAAGUCUGUAGCUCAAACACACAAGGUUUAAAAGGGGUCAGAAAUCCAAAAAAGUGUUGGCAUUACUCAUGGGACUCAUUGGAUUAAUAGCUUGUGUAAUGUUGUUUCCAGGAGAGGUACCUGUGUGCCGUGACUAAAGACACUCUGGGUAACAGUGUCCCCUGCUCCGUUCUCAAACCCUCGUAAGUAAACCCCUCUUCAGUUACUUUAUUUACUGGACUCUCUCUAUAUCAAGCCACCCCUACUACCUUGUUUCUUCAUCUCUCUUUCUCUCUCACCCCUCUUUCUCUCUCCCUCCUCCUUUCUCUCCCUCCUCUCAGUGGGGCGGUGGUGACUCAGGAGUGUGUGGAGAGGCUGAUCAGGAAGGACAUGACGGACCCGAUUACCGGAGACAAACUCACAGAGAAGGACAUCAUCCCACUGCAGAGGGUGAGCGUUUGUGUGUGAGUGUUAGAGCGUGUGUGAUCAAGCAAGUGAGUCUGUUUGUGUGUUCUCGAGUUUGAAAGAGUAUGUACGUGCGAGACAUAGCAGGGUACUUGGUUUGUAAGGGUAUUUGAAGACCGGCUGAUGUUAAUGCUGAUAUAAUAUUUUCUAUUUGAUUCCUUCCUAGGGUGGAACUGGGUUUGCAGGCUCUGGAGUGGGUCUGAAAGCUAAAGAGGCUCGACCCGUAAUGAUGGUGUGAUGGUUCAGAGACGAUGGUCAACAUGAUAAAGGUGUAUACUUGAGAUUAUUUGUACAUAUGGUUGUCGGUUCUUGUAUGGAGUCUGAGAAUUCCAACUGAUAUUUUUAAGCUUUGUUACACACACACUUACAAAACAGGGCUCUACGCUGACCUCUUUUACAAGGAGCACGUGUGUGCUUAAGUUGAAACAUGUAGGUGCACACAAAGACAUUUAGAAGGUAAAAUAUUUGGUGUUAAAGCUAGAAUCCUUAAUUUUUCUAGGUGCACUGGUGCUCCUAAAUUAAAAUUCCUGGCUGCACAGCAAAGUAUUUAGGUGCAUAUGUGAGUAAAAUGGUCGUACUGUAGAGCCCUUAGAAAUUUCCUUUUUAUUUCUUUCUGGCAAAAAACAAACCUACACCAAUUUAAUGAGCAACCGUAUUUAAUAAAAAAUUAAAUUGACUCCUAGACAAACAGUCUGUGUUUUAUUGGCUGAGUGUUGGGGUCAAGGAGGUCACAGAGGUCAGAGUUCUUCGUGACCCUCAUCCACCGACAUACCUCCAUAGUCAGUCAGCGUGCUUGACUUCAGGAAGUCGACCUUGUCCAUGACCUCCGAGAGAGAGAGACGCCCAUCCUAAGAGAGAAGGAGGGGGAUGGAGGAUAAGGGAAGUAGAAGAUAAAGAUUGAGAGAAAUGGAGAAAGGAAUCUGGGCAAACUAACAUUAGACAAUUCACCAUUUAGCAGGUGGAGGUGGUGUGGUAAACUGUUCAAGCACCAGGAAACAAAUUACAUUUGAGUAAUUAAGUUGCUUAGGACAGUAGUUAAUGCUAUGUCAUGAAGAAAAAUAAAACUGUCUUUUUGUAGAAAAACCAACAUGGCUUUAUUUUAAAUUCAGAGAUAAAUGUUUCACCACAAAAGUGUCAUUCAAUUGUCUCCUGCCUCCCCC